GAGAAGGAGAGGAACUUGGGAGCGCGUGCCUGCAGUCUAUCAGAUCCGCACCGGGACGCCCAAAAAAAAAAAGAAAGAAAUAAAACAGAAAAAAGCCGGAAACGUUGGACUUUUAAUUUUUCCUUCGGAAGAGAAAAGAAAAUGAGGGAGAUCGUUCACAUCCAGGCGGGACAGUGCGGGAACCAGAUCGGGACGAAGUUCUGGGAGGUGAUCAGCGACGAACACGGCAUCGACCCGGCAGGGAACUACGUGGGCGACUCGGCUCUGCAGCUGGACCGCGUCAACGUCUAUUACAAUGAAGCAUCAUCACAUAAAUAUGUCCCCCGGGCCGUGCUGGUGGACCUGGAACCAGGAACCAUGGACAGUGUUCGCUCAGGAGCCUUUGGACAACUCUUCAGACCGGACAACUUCAUUUUUGGACAGACAGGUGCCGGGAACAACUGGGCCAAAGGUCAUUACACAGAGGGGGCGGAGCUGGUGGACUCGGUGCUGGACGUGGUGAGGAAGGAGUGUGAGCACUGCGACUGUCUGCAGGGUUUCCAGCUGACCCACUCUCUGGGUGGAGGAACUGGCUCUGGUAUGGGGACUCUCCUCAUCAGUAAGAUCCGAGAGGAAUACCCAGACCGCAUCAUGAAUACAUUCAGCGUCAUGCCAUCACCCAAGGUAUCGGACACAGUGGUGGAGCCCUAUAACGCCACUCUGUCUGUCCAUCAGCUGGUGGAGAACACAGACGAGACGUACUGCAUUGAUAACGAGGCCCUGUACGACAUCUGCUUCCGCACACUCAAGCUGACCACGCCCACCUAUGGCGACCUCAACCACCUGGUGUCCGCUACCAUGAGCGGGGUCACCACUUCCCUCCGCUUCCCCGGCCAGCUGAAUGCUGACCUGAGGAAGCUGGCAGUCAACAUGGUUCCGUUUCCCAGGCUGCACUUCUUCAUGCCGGGCUUCGCCCCCCUGACAGCACGAGGCAGCCAGCAGUACCGGGCCCUGACGGUGCCGGAGCUCACCCAGCAGAUGUUUGACGCCAGAAACAUGAUGGCGGCUUGCGACCCUCGUCAUGGGCGCUACUUGACGGUGGCCACGGUGUUCCGGGGGCCAAUGUCCAUGAAGGAGGUGGAUGAGCAGAUGUUGAACGUCCAGAACAAGAACAGCAGCUACUUCGUGGAGUGGAUCCCCAACAAUGUGAAGGUGGCCGUCUGCGACAUCGCGCCGAGGGGGCUCAAGAUGGCCGCCACCUUCAUCGGGAACAGCACGGCCAUCCAGGAGCUAUUCAAGCGCAUCUCGGAGCAGUUCUCUGCCAUGUUCCGACGUAAGGCCUUCCUCCACUGGUUCACGGGGGAGGGCAUGGAUGAGAUGGAGUUCACCGAGGCAGAGAGCAACAUGAACGACUUGGUGUCGGAGUACCAGCAAUACCAGGAAGCCACCGCCAACGACGGGGAGGAGAACUUCGAGGACGAGGAGGAGGAGAUCAUCGAGUAAGGGAGCAGAUGGUAAACCGCUGACAGAUCACUGGUUACUAGCAAACUAGCUAAAAUGCAGACAGGAUGGUUAACAGAACCAGAACCAGUCAUCACGUUAGUUAAAACGGAUUCACUCAAACUAGUACACAUAUACAAAUAUUUCUUUUGCUAAUGGCUAACUGCUAGCUGGUCACCCCAAUAUUUCACACAUGCAAUCAUGCUGUAGGUGCUGUAUUUUCAAACAGGUGGAGCUCUCUUAGAAAAAUAGUUCCAUUGUAAAACUGCACUGAUCAAGAUGGGACGCGUCCAAACGAGUGUGAAUCCAGAGUGGUAAAUACGCACGGUUUGAUCAGAUUGUAUUAAGAGCCCCUUCCACCAACCUACAGGCAGUACUACUUUUCUCUCUUCUGACUUCCAAGUGGUGAAAUGUGGAACUGUUUCCACCGUGACGCUGCUUUAGCCUGACACCCAGCACUGUGAAAUAUCAGCUAGCUUAGAACCACACGAUGCUUUGCUAGGGCCCGGAACCAGGUCUGGCUAACACUGAGGCUUUCAGAUACAUCCGGACUCUGGACUGACGGCUCUGGCCAGCACAACAUUCACAUUUUACAGCUUUCCAUGAACAAACGUAGAAAAGUGGCAAUGUUUGGAAGUCAUGCGAUUUCUAGGUUUACGAAAUUAAAAAAUCAGUAUGAAGUUGUCACAGGGUUUUGAUACAGGGUUUAUAAAAAGGUACAAAAGCUGACGGAGAAUCUAGAAUAUCAAGGUAUUAUUACAGACCACAGUCACGGUAAACGUGGUGCAGUUUUAAAGGUGAUUUACCAGCUAGUGGCCACUAAUAGUUAUCGCUUAAAUAAAGCCGUUGUUACCGAUAAUGGCAGAGUGUCGCUCGUUACAGGACAUUUGGAAGUCCAGCUCUGCCAGUGAUCACCCGUCGGUGGGAAAACACACCGGUCCUUUGAGUCGACCUCGCUGCUUGUUUCAGAAGUGAUCCAAACCGUGUUUGAGUGUCCUGUUCCGAAUGUGUAUUUUUCAUGUGUGAAGGUCCUGAGUUAGCUAAAGAGUGGUUGAAA